AUGCAGAGCGCCCUUGGAGGGUUGAUGGAAGCUGCUGCUGCGCGGCAGGCAAGGGCCGCGAGCAAUCCUGAAAAUCGGGACACAGUUGUCAUACAAGUGCCCCAGCACAUCCGCGCUAAGGUGGUUAAUUCGAUGCUAUUAUUCGGCGCGCCAUCGAACAACGUGAUACACUGGAGGCUGUUUGGCCAAAUUGGCGGCGGACACUCCGUCGAGCUUAACUCCCCAAAGCUCGAUUACCAUAUGAACACGCGUAUGUUCAUUACGCACCGCACGUACGAAUCUUCGGACCGGUCAGAUGACAAGUUCGGCGAAAAAUUCGCGUUUCAGAUGCCCGUCACAGUGGACGAGGUGAUCUCGCUCCUGCUCGAGAGGAAGCGGGACCAAUACGUCCUGUACGGUACCGGCAGCGGAUGUAGGUUUUGGUGUGAGACGGUCAUGGCCGAUUUUGAGUCGGUCGGGUGGUUCGCACCUGGUACAGUUCAACUCGCGCACCAGUGGCUCGAUGGUAUUGCUGGCAUAGUCGGUCAAGAGAAGAUGCCUAUGCCCAUGGUGAAGGGCACCUUCUUCUGA